AUGGCAGCCAACAUAAUCCCCAAGGAGACUAUCAUUGUCGACAAUGUGCUCCGUUAUCCGCCCACAGGGCUGAAGGUCAUAGUUGUUGGCGCUGGUUUAGCUGGUCUGCUUGCGGCAGCCGAGUGCUGGAGAAAAGGGCACGAUGUUGAGGUUCUUGAGAAAUCGCCAACCUUCUCGUCUAUUGGCGAUAUCCUUUCAGUUGGUCCUUCAGCCUGGUCUACUCUCCACAACUAUCCCAGCAUGGUGAAGGAAUACGUGGAAGUGGGUAUUGAUGCGUUGAUGACCCCUUGUCAUUUAGAUGGUCGAUACGCGAUGGAGAAGUUCGAGUUCGAAUGCAACCGGGAAGGGGUUGCAGAACAUGCUGCAUAUCCAAUCCGAAUAGUAGGAAUGAAUGGACGUGCCGACGUUGCUAACAUUCUCCUCAACCAAUGCAGAAGACUGGGUAUUUCAGUCACAUAUGGCGUAUCGAUCGCCGACUACGCAGACGAGGAUGGUUCCGGUGUUGCUAUCUCUGAUGAUGGGAAACGAUACCAAGCCGACCUAAUUAUUGCCGCAGACGGCAUCGGAUCCAAGUCGUGUAAACUCAUUCUUGGAGGACCUGUUCGCCCGGUUAGCACUGGCUAUACGGUUUAUCGCGCGGCUAUGACAUCGGCUGAUUUACACGACUCGCCACUGCUUAAACAAGUCCUGGCGAAAGGUGAACGACCAGAAGGUCGACUAUACCUUGGGAAAAACCGGCACAUCGUCGUAACUAUUUCCCAGCGUUUGCUUUCAUUCGGGAUCACGCUUCCCGAUGAAACCAGCGGAAUCGCGCAGGAGUCCUGGUCAUCCACCAUAAACACUGAGGAACUGCUAGCAAAAAUACCCGACGUGGAACAACUAGAUCCCCUUGUGGUUGAACUAAUUAAAAACCUCCCCAAUAACAGGAUUGUAGCAUGGAAACUGUGUAUGCGCAACCCCCAAUCAAAAUGGUCAUCGGAAGGUGGCCACGUCGUUCAGGUCGGCGAUAGUGCGCAUAGCUAUAUUCCCACAUCUGCAAACGGUGCUACGAUGGCGCUUGAAGAUGCUAUCUCGCUAGCCGAAUGUCUAAGGCUCGGUGGUAAAAAGGAUCUCGCUUUGGCCAUCAAGAUCCAUCAGAUGCUGAGACAUCAACGCACGACACUCAUACAGCGCGUAGGGCUGUUGAACAGGGCCGCCUGGCAUCAGGAUCGAACUGACACUAUCAUGGACAUUGUUAAGCUGAUGCCUCUAGGAAAGUGGGUAUGGGGACACAAUCCUGAACGGUACGUGGUUGAUAAUUUCCGUAAGGCUCGCGAACAUAUCGAGACUGGCGCACCGUUCGAGAAUACCAAUCUUCCUCCCGGCCACAAACCCGAAACUUGGACGCUAGAAGGAGAAGUUGAAAGAGAGAAAACGGGUCACGUUUUCGACCCGGCUGCUAAUGGUGAUUGGGGUGUUUGCUAG